CUCAUCACAGCACCAGGCCUGUGGAACACAAGGGAGGAACACUCUUGCAUCAUGAAGGACAAGGCUGUGGCUGUGGUCAUGAUUCUUCUCUUCAUAUCAGCAAUGGGAACAAAAGGUAAGGCGCUGCCACGCUCUGCAAUGGAGCUCCGGUGUCAGUGCAUAGGCACUCAUUCCAAGUUCAUCCAUCCCAAGUUCAUUCACAACGUGAACCUCAUCCCCAGCGGACCUCACUGCAAGAACGUCGAAGUCAUAGCUACCCUGACGGAUGGCCGGGAAGUCUGCCUGGAGCCCACCGCUCCCUGGGUGAAGCUCGUCAUCAAGGCAAUCCUAGACAAGUGA